GCUGUGAGAGAGAAAUAGCAAGCGGAGGGAAGAAGUUGGGAGCGAGGGACAAAACCGUAGCCACCAAUUAUUUCACGUGACUCGAUUAUCGUGACCACGUGGUCGUGACCAUCCUGAACUUGAACUCAGACUCGACUCUAGACCGUCAAUCCCGUUUGCAACAUGAGUUCGGAAGAAUUAUCGACGAUGAUCAGUUCUCUGUCAGAACUGCACACCUCCCUGCAGAAACUACGAAACGUGCCACCUUCGUUACGCAAGGCUGGAUUCCCUUACACAACAAUAUCUAUCAGAGACGACUUUCAGAAUCUGAAGGACCUUGCAGAGUCGAUCCGAUCCGAGCCUAUACAGGAAGCCCUGUUAAAUGCGGCAAAUAGUGAAAAAGCCGACAGUUCUGAUCUUAGUCGGAACGGGAGACGCGACAUCCGCAAACGCAGACGACUACCUUCCCCCGAGUCUCCCCAACCAUUCAUCCCGCUCGAGAAGCGCGGGGGCUCGCUAUUCCCUCACACCCACGAUGACCCACCUGCACUUCGCGCCGAUGAACUGGUAGACUUCAUUCGGGAGUGCAAUCGGACGCGACCGUGCAAGAUGCACAUUUGGUCUCGGACACAAAAUUCCACAGGGCAGAUUUCGGACCCUGUCAUUGUCCGCCUCAUCAUUCAGGACGUCCUGGUGUCGUACAUUACCGCUACACAUUCGGGCAGUGGAUCGGUGCUGGUGGCGGAGAGCGUGAGCGCGUUCGGACCUCGAGAGAAGACCCAUCCUCAUUCGCAGUCAAAAUAUGCCGUGUAUCAGCAUGUUACCCAGCAAAUUGCUCGAAUGCUUCAAUCGCAGCCGCGUGUGUCGUUUCAGAGCCUGAUCUCGCUAUUGUGCGAGUACCGAACGCUUUUUAUCUCGCAGUGCACCAAUUGCGAACGAGUCCUUUCUCCGGAAGGCCAUUUCCCGCCCGUUGUUCGCAUCUGGAUGGAGCCCGAAAAAGAGCAGGACACUGGAAGAUGGGCUCCCAGGCAUAUAUCCUGUCCACAAUCGUAGUCACAGUUCCGAUCAGUGUUUCUUUCAUCACAUUUGUCUUGGUCCUCGGACUACUGCUCGAUCAACAAUUGAAACGUUCGCUAGCUGCCGUACAUCCUGUGUCCCUCUGUCGUUCUUAAUAGAACACGCUAAGUUUACCCAGA